AUGGAGAAACGUUGUAUUUCUAUGGCAGUCUUUUUUAUAUUUCUUUUGAAAGAAUUUAAUGGCAUUUUAGCUAUUGUUGGAGGUGAUAAAUUAAAUAUAACGAGAGUACCAUUUGCCUUGUCCCUUCGACACAACGAUAGUCACAUUUGUGGUUCCGCAAUAAUAAGUACAAAAUGGGCUAUAACGGCUGCGCAUUGUAUAUACAAAUAUGGUGAUGAUCCAAAAGAAUAUAGUGUUAGAUCUGGCUCGUCUUAUCGAUCAAGUGAAGGAAAAAUUCAUCAAGUUACUAAAAUAAUAGUUCAUGAUGAUUUUAAUGCAACAAUUGUUGAUUAUGACAUUGCGGUUAUUCAAGUUGAUCCAUUAUUUGAAUUUGAUGAUUCAAGACAACCAGUUAAGCUACCAGAUCUCAAUGGACAAGAUAAUGAUGAUGAUAAUACCGGAACAGUUGUCGAUGAUAAAAAAUUAUCUCAAGUAUUAAAAUCUACAACAAUGCCUAAAGUUGAAAAAAAUGAAUGUAUUGAAGAUUACAAAGAUUCAUAUGUUGUUACUGAUAGAGAAUUAUGUUUUGGAUUUAGAUCUGGACAUGAUGAUGCAUGCAAAGGUGAUUCAGGUGGACCACUUUAUAAUAAAGAUGAAAUAUUAAUUGGUAUAACAUCUUGGGGUGACGAGUGUGCUGCUAAAAAUUCACCUGGAAUUUAUACAAGAGUGCAGUCAUUUAGAGAUUGGAUUCAAGAAAAAACUGGUGUAUAA